GACUGGUGCUGGCCGACCGCUCGGAGAACACAAUUGAGUACAGGACACAAACGCGAACGCACACGCUUCGAUUGUGGGCGCUGCCACCGGAAAUCCAAAGUUGAACCAGUGCCUGACCGAAAAGAAUUACAAAAUAAUUGCUAAAACCGAUGAUUUUCCGGAUUCAAUUCGCCAACCACUCGCCAUUCAGAUGAAACCCCGAAGCGAAAUUCAAUCUAAACCAAAUCAAUACUGAAAAUCAACAAAUGAAAAUAUCAAAAACCCUGUGCAUAAAAACCGCGUAAAGCCAAACUGCAACCAACCAACCAACAAAAUCAACAACAAUUUCUGGAAUUAAUUUCAUUUGCCGCGCGCGUCCAUAAAAAUCUACAUAGAAAGCGUCACAAAAUAAAUACACCAGCCAGCCAGCCAGCGAGGAAAGUGAAUUGGUUAGCCAUGGAGAAGGCGUAAUGGCCAUCUGCUGACCCAGGACCCAUAACUUUAGAUGAGCGCGCCACUGUGCCACAAUUUCGGUUUACACCUGUCGAAGCUGCCACACCCACGAGCAACUUUUUCUACCACCAAACCGGCAACAGCGGCAACAACAACUGGAGGCGCCACCAGCAUAGGAAUAAGCAAAAGAGCAACAACAUCAGUGAUAUGGAACUGUGCAUAGCAACAAAGUCAAAAAUUGAAACCGCUCAGAGUUCAAUGCCGCAAAGCAGCCAAUGCAGCAGCAGCAGCAACUGCCGAAACUAUCAAAAGAAAUGCCACCAAAAUCAAACAAACACUCAAGUACAGAGCACUCAGCGAAGCAAUUGCAGCAGCCACAGCGAUCGAGACCACCUGACAAACCAACAAAAGCAACAGAACCAACGAACAAAUAGUGCAACAGCAGCAAGUGCAGCAGCUGCAACAUUAUCCGAAUCCACUAGGUGCAACAUCAUCAUCAGCAGCAGCAGCAGCAGCAGCAGCAGCACUAAAAGCAGUAAAAACAUCAGGGAGCCGAGCAGCAGCAGCAGCACACAAUUAAACACCCUCUACUCGCUGCUGGUGCUUUUGAUAGUCGGCCUUGCCACAGCCACCGCAUCGCCCAGCCCCAGCCCCAGCCACGCCCCCUUUGGCCGCGAGAGCAGGCGCGAUGCUCUUUUGGCCUACUACAAAAGGGCACACCUGCCGCAGAGCAGCAGCAGCGGCAUUUCCCUGGGGCACAAGUAUCACUUGCUGCACGAUGCCAAUGGCCUUGACUUUGACGAGCUAACGCCCACCGCCAGCAGUGUGUCCGCUCUCAGUCGGGCGGAGCGUUUUCGAUUGCGUAAGCGCAGCGCCACGCCCACAACGCCCGCCACUGCAGCAGGAGUCACUUCACUAGAUGUUGCAACUGCAGCAGCAGCGGCAACAGAUGCAGCAGCAAAGGAUGCGGGCAGCGGGAAGAAGCCGGAGGAGAAGUGCGAGCCAAAAGUACUCGAAACGCUGCCAGAUGAGCCGUUUUACGACUACACCGACAUCGCCGAGGAUGCCGCACGCCAGUUUAUUGAAUUUUUAUCGGGCAAAUUCCCAAAUGCCAACACACCGAUUGCCAUCGAUGAGCCGACACGUGCGGAGGUGAGUCGCCGGGCCAAUGGAAUCGCCAGCUACGCCCUCAACGAGGACGACAAUCUGCUGGCAUUCGCCAUUGCCGCGCCCAGCAUUCACACGGUGGUCGUUAAAUUCAGGGAUAACGUUACGAUACCACCGGAUCAGGUGCACAAUAAGGCAUAUUUGGGUUCCUAUUGGCGGGAGUUGGGUGCGGCCUGGAACAGCACGGACGGCACCCAGGAGUGGGGCGCUCCAUUUCGCGACUGCAACCUGUUGACGCGUCGCUGGCUCUGGCCAUUUCGCAUAUCCUUCAGCGAGCACAGGAUCAAAGUUGUGGCGGCUGCCUUCAUUGCCGCCGACGAGGAUGUGUGCAACGAUGGCCUGGAGGAAGUUUUCGGUCGCCGUCAUGGUUGCGAUCGGAAUACGACCUUCUGCCUGCUCACCGAGAACAAACCCGCCGCCACCCGGGAUGUGUACACCUGUCUGUGCCGGGAAUCCUACUACCUGCCCAAUUCCACGCUCCAGGGAUUCCGUGGCGAUCGAGUGGAACUGUCCGAGGGCUACGACAACUACUCGUGCAUUCCGUGUCCCGGCGGAUGCACUAACUGCGAUAGCAACGGCGUCUGUCUGACCUUUCAGGAGGAGGAGGUGCUCAAUGUGGACGCCUGUCUGCGCCUCCUGGUGGCCAUCGUACUGGGCGCCUGCAUCCUGUGCUGCAUUGUCCUCGGGGUGAUUGUCUUCCGGCAGCGAAAGUGCAAGGCCAUUGCGUCUGGUAUGUGGACUGUGCUGGAGACGAUACUGCUGGGCAUUGUUUUACUUUAUGCAUCUGUUGCCGUCCAUUUCUUUCCCGCAUCCACCGAGCGCUGCCUUCUGGAGCCCUGGCUUCGGGAGCUGGGCUUCAUCACCUGCUACGGCGCCAUCAUACUGAAGUUGUACCGCCACCUGGUGGACUUUCGCACCCGGAAAGCGCAUCGCUGGGUGCUGCGCGACGUGGACCUGCUCAAGUAUCUGGGCACCAUGGUCUUUGCCGUCAUCUGCUACAUGGCCGCCUUUACGGCCUCGUCGUUGGAUCUUCUCGAAAGUGCGCAGCUGGAGAGCCUCAGGGAGGCGGACACGAACACCUGCCAUCCGCUCAAGUGGGAACUGGUCACGCAGACCAGCGAGAUGCUCAUCCUGUGCUUUGGACUGCACCUGUCCAUCGCCAGUCGGAAUGCCAACACCCAGUUCCGGGAACGACAAUUUCUGGUCACCGCACUGACGCUGGAGUUCCUGGUCUCGUCCAGCUUCUACUUUCUGCGCUUUGUCUACCUGCCGGAAAUGAGUCCCAGCGCCAUCUUGCUGGCCCUGUUCAUCCGCUCCCAGCUGACGAAUAGUUUCGCCUUGGGUCUGAUAUUUGUGCCAAAGUUGUGGUACCAGCACAAGCAGGGUACGUCACACGACGCCGGCCAGCGGCUGGGCGGAGGAUAUGCCGGGCUCUGUCUGGGCGAUCCGGACAUUGGUGAGCUGACCAUAUCCGAAAUGAGUCCCGAGGACAUACGCGCCGAACUCAAAAGACUGUAUACCCAAUUGGAGAUAAUGAAGAACAAGACUCUGCGGCAGGACAAUCCGCACAUCAGUAAGCGACGUGGCGGACGCAAGGCGGGUCACCGUCGCUUCUCCCUGCAGGCUCUAAGUGCCAAACACCGCAGCAACAAGCAUCAUCAGGACAUCGAGAUCACCGAGGCGGAACCUUCCAGGACGCCCGAGGAUUCGGUGUGCAGUGCCGAAGGACCCACGGAUACCUAUGCGGAAAUCUCCGGCGUGUCCCACUCAAUGCUCUCUCACUCGAUGGUCUCCCACUCCGUGGUCUCGCAUUCGAAGUAGGGAGUCCUUGCUGGUUCAUGGCGGAUAUUUGAGAAUUGUAUAUAGGUAUUAAACGGUACGAUACACGUUGGUAUGUGUAGAUAAUAUGUGAGAAAUAGUUAUUAUAUAGCGCAACAACACAAACAAUAAAAGAAUUACUUUAAUUUCGCAAAGAAAGAAAAAAAAAACCAGCAGGAAAAUGAUUGAUGCAAAUGGAGAUGCAACAAACACUCACCAAACACAAACAAUAACAAAUAUUACUUUAUUUUUCAAUGAAACGUAAAGUGAGGAACCUUGAAAGCAGCCAAGAAGUUUUAUAAAGUUUUGAUAAAUUUUUAGACGAUUUUACUUUAGUUUACGUUGAUUUCUGUCAGUCUUGAGUUCGAUUGAUUUCGAUUGAUUAGGAUCACUGAUAGAUCAAAGUUGUUCAAACGUUUAGAUCGGUAAAACAGAGCCCACCUGUGUAGGUAACGAUAUAACUGUAAAAACAAGGCCACAUACACUAAGAAAAACAAACCCAUUCCUAAAACACGCGUUUUCGUUUACCUCUAAGUUCCUCGACAGUUAGUUACUAACCAUUUGCUUUCAAGUCAACCUUUCAACACUAUCCACACUAAAGCUAAACAAAUGAUAGAGAUCUUGAGAUCAUUUUCGAUCAGCGAAUAAUCAGUUGUAAAUUUGAGCUUAUAGGCAUUAACAUAAAACUAGCAAUUCCCCCCUCAUUAACUAUCGUACGUCUUACGUCUUGCUAAUCUUACCAACUAAAGUGUAUUUGUAUUAUAUAUUAUACACUUGUAAUUUCCACUCAUUCCCAUACAAAAUCUAAAAAUGGGCUAGACUUUCUGUAAAUACACACAAUGUACGAGGACGAAAGCGCAAAUUGUUACAUUUUCAAAACACACAGUUCCCGAACGAGAGUGAAAACCAUAGGAAAAUGCUUAAUAGAGGCUAAAGUGCAUAUUUUUUUUUUUCAACCCAGCCCAACAAACUCAAAAACUCAAGUAUUAUUCACUACUAGCUGCUGAUUUCCUCCGAAAUUUGUAGAUCCCAAUCAAGAACAUCUUAAAUUCGUUAUUCUCGAAAAAAGAUCGUGUUAGAAUAUUGAAAAAAAAAAAACACAAAGUGAAAACAUUUCAAAUGUACGCAAUAAAUUUUGGAUGAGCUCGUUAUAAAAAACAAGAGAGAAAAAAAAAGAAGGGGGAAAACAAGUCCAUAGAAAACAUAUAGUACAGUUACAUGGGCAUUUAUAAGGGUUAUGAAAAGUAUAUCUAUAUACACUACAACAAAUAUAUAGAAAUUAAAACAUGGCAAAUGGUUAAAUUAGGUAAACUUACAGCAUGCAUGCAACAAAUUGAGCAUUUAAAACAAAAUGAAUGAACAAAACCGAAAAUGAUAAUUAAUUAUAAAAGAAAAAAGAAAAGUAAAACCAACUUUUGGUUGCGUUUGAUCAAAAGUGUGUGUAUAAAAAAAAUAUUUAUGGCAUAUACAUAAAACAUAUAACUAACUUAUAUUAUAUAUAAAUAUAUAUACAUAUAUAUAUGAGUGUAAUCAGCAUUACAAUAAAACAAAAACGAGAGAAAAACUAAAUUAGUGGCUCGGCGCAAAGGAAACUACAAAAAACUAAAACGAUUGGAAAAGUGAAACCGAAUACAUUUUGAAAGUGUGAUAGUGUUCAUAAUAUUCGUUCAUUGUAAUUAAAAUGGAAAACAAAACCUAAAUAAACUGAACU